AUGGAUGGUAAGGACGCUGAUCUGCAGGAUUUGGGUGUUGAUGUCUUAGAUCAAAGUUCCCUUGAAAAGAAGAUAGAGAAGAAUGCUGAGUCCUUGAUAACUCAGCAACUCCUUGAACAGGAGCAGAAACGGUUAGAAAGAGCAAAGAAUGCUCUAGAUAAAUGCAAGCUGAAGAGAGACCUGAUACGAAGAAGGCUUAAUAAUGCAACUAGAAUCUCGGUAAAAUUAAAACUGCGGCAGGAUAUCGAGGAAAUCGAGAAUGAAGAACUACCACCUCUAAUUACUGAUGUCAGAGACAUUCAAAAGCGAAUUGUGGAACUGAAGACGCCGAAUAUUAGACUUGAUGUUAAGAGAGAUAACCAAGAGAGAAGACCUGAUGAGACAGAAAAGGAUUUUUUGAUUAGAACAGGUGAAAUCACAGCGUUUGGAUCCAAGACUGGUUUCACACUGGACAAAGGUCAAGAUGAUCACAAAGACUCGUGGUUCUCAGUCAAAAAGGAAGAGAGCCAUGACUUUGCUAUGGCCAAUGAGCAGAUGGUGGAGAACAUAUUGGGAGAAUCCCCGGACGAAAACAAUCAAGAAAGUGAGGAAUAUGUAGAUGAUGAGCUGCAUGAAGACGACCUUCUUGACACUGAGGAACCGGAGAUUACUUCAAGACCAGGAGAGGCGAGAGAUGACGGCGAUGAGCUAUAUUACCAACACAGGUUAAGACGAUGGAUCAGGCAGCGCUCAAGUGGGCGCACUCACGACCCCCAGCCAGACCUGCCGGAAUGGCUCAAAGCUCAUCCAAGCAUUUCUGAUGCCAAACUGAAUGAUGAAUUUAAAGUACCCGGAGAUGUCUUUUCGUUGCUAUUCAACUACCAGAGGACCUGUGUUCAGUGGUUAUAUGAGUUGUUCCAACAAAAAUGUGGGGGUAUAAUUGGAGACGAGAUGGGCCUGGGGAAAACGAUUCAGGUAAUAGCUUUCUUAGCUGGGUUACAUCAUUCAAAUCUACUGGACGGACCUGUUCUUGUAGUAUGUCCGGCAACUGUGAUGAAACAGUGGUGCAAUGAGCUCCACCACUGGUGGCCUCCAUUGCGAACGAUCAUUUUACAUUCCAUUGGGUCUGGCAUGGACAACAAGAAAAAAAUAGACGAGGGGGAUCUCGAGGAAUUGAUAAUGUCGUCCGACCCAACCCAAGUCUCAUAUGAGGACUAUAAAAAUUCUGCCAAAAUUAAAAGUCAUCUGGAAUCGACGAGUAACCUGCAGUCAUUGGUGGACAAAGUUGUUAGCGACGGACACGUCGUGAUAACAACCUACGUCGGUUUGAGAGUUCAUAGAGAUAUCCUACUCAACGUAGAUUGGGGCUACGCGAUCCUGGAUGAGGGGCAUAAAAUUAGGAACCCAGAUGCUGACAUAUCCUUGACAUGUAAGAAACUCAAGACUCAUAAUCGGAUAAUUUUGUCAGGUACGCCCAUUCAAAAUAACUUAAACGAACUAUGGUCGCUUUUUGACUUCAUUUUUCCAGGUAAACUGGGCACUCUGCCUGUCUUUCAGCAGCAGUUCGUUCAGCCGAUAAGCACGGGGGGUUAUGCCAAUGCAACCAAUGUUCAGGUGCAAACGGGGUACAAAUGUGCCGUCGCCUUGCGGGAUCUCAUCUCACCCUAUUUGCUUCGACGGGUAAAGGCCGAUGUAGCGAAAGAUUUACCGGAAAAGAAGGAGAUGGUAUUAUUCUGUAAGCUAACUCAAUUUCAACGUAGAAAAUAUCUGGAAUUUUUACACUCGAAGGAGUUGGACCAAAUUAAAACAGGUAAAAGGCAAGUCUUAUUUGGGAUCGACAUCUUAAGGAAAAUCUGCAAUCAUCCUGAUCUGCUCGACAGGGAAGAGAAAAGACACCAGGCAGCGUAUGGGGAUCCUAGGAGAUCUGGUAAAAUGCAGGUUGUAAAGCAAUUAUUGCUUCUAUGGAAAAAGCAGCAUCACAAGGCACUACUUUUUACUCAAUCCAGACAGAUGUUGGAUAUCCUCGAAGAGUUCAUCUCAUUUAAAGACGAGUCUCUGUCCAGCUUAAAGUUCCUUAGAAUGGAUGGGACUACUAAUAUCUCCGUAAGGCAAUCGCUUGUGGAUGAGUUUAACAAUGGCGAAUAUGAUGUUUUUCUAUUGACAACAAGAGUUGGUGGCCUAGGAGUGAAUCUCACGGGAGCAAACAGAAUCAUAAUUUUCGAUCCGGAUUGGAAUCCUUCCACUGAUAUGCAGGCCCGUGAGAGGGCUUGGAGGAUAGGACAGAAACGUGAGGUGUCCAUAUACCGAUUAAUGGUAGCCGGUUCAAUUGAAGAAAAGAUAUAUCAUCGUCAAAUUUUUAAACAAUUUCUAACGAAUAAAAUAUUGAGUGAUCCAAAACAAAAGAGAUUCUUUAAAGUGAAUGAAUUGCAUGAUUUGUUCUCCUUGGGAGGCGAAGACGGUCAUGCCAUAGAAGAACUAGAUGAAGAAGUGCAGAAACAUACAAAUGAAUUGAGGCACUCAAAAACUCAAGAGAGUGACGACUUUGAGCAGGUCGUAAGCAUGGCAGGCGUCUCGAAACUCGAAAGCUUUUACAGCGGGAAGGAGAAGAAGGAGAAGUCGCAAACGGAAGAUGAUAGAUUAAUCGAAGGCCUUCUCGGAGACAAUAAUUUGCAAGAUGCCAUGACACACGAAGCGCUAGUUCAUUCUCAUUCAAAUGCUUCAAAGGUUAUUGUUGAGAAAGAGGCUGCAAAAGCUGCGGAAGGUGCUCUCAAUGCUUUGAGAAAAUCCAGAAGGGAAACCAAAAAGUACUCAAUAGAUACACCAACAUGGACAGGUAAGUUUGGACAGGCCGGAAAAGUAAGAAAGAAAACAGGUAAUGUGAAAUCGCAAAAAAUGACAGGCUCAUCAGCGAUCCUAGCCAAUAUGCGUGCGGCUCAGCAACAAGCGAAGAAAUCGCCAUUGCAGCAUGAUGAGCUCAAGCAAACUGACUCAGCUGACAGCGAGCGCAUUUUGGGAACGAUCGAACGUUAUUUAUCUGAGUGCCCUGGCUACUUUGCAUCGUCCUUGGAUAUCAUAGGUCACAUAGGAGUUCCGUUAAAGGACAAAGAUGAAAUUAUAAGAGUUCGUGCAUUACUGAAGAGCAUCGCCACUUUUGACAGGAUUAAGAAAGGAUGGAUUCUAAAUGAAGAGUUCAGAAGUGAUUGA